CACCGUGAAGACUUCACAGUAUUUCAGUAUUAAAGACUAGAAGAUAAACAAUAAAAUGAUGCUUCUCACAAAAUAUUUUUCUCUGCAGAAAAUCUGUCCGGACUGAAAAGUCAUGCAGGAACAUGACAGUCCAUCACCAUAGUUCCUUUCCCGGGCUUCAGGAGAAACAAACACAAUGUCUGAAGGCAAUAACAUACGGGAGUCAUCUGACUGUGGGACAAAGGAUGUGCUUGAGGACAAUAAAGACACAAGUGGAUUCUCUGAACAUGAACUCCUUGACAUUAUGUAUGAUGCGUGUAAUACCAGCAAGUCAGGAGAAGUGUUGGCCUCCACCAUUUUUGAGUACCUGCAGACCAUGACUGCCCAGAGUUCAGGGCGGGACAGACUGGCUGCCCUGCGACAGCUACUUGACCCUGACUGUCAGGACGCACACGUGAGCAGAGAUAUGUUUCACUCCACCAUGAGGACGUGGAUCGCUCAGUGCAGCGAGGACAGUACUGAUGAGCACAACAGUCACGUACUUUUUCCAGACACAUCUGAUGAGCCUGUAAAUGCAAAUGGGCUGGGUUUGUCGUUUUGUCAAAGCAAAGCGACUUCAUCUCAAGGCCAGCAGUGUUUCUGUGAAGGAAAAGACCUGUCAGGUACAGUGGCUGAACUGAAGCAUGCUAACCGCAAACUGAAUGAACAGAACAGCAACCUGUUGAUGACUGUUGCUCAGUGUGAAGACACAAACCUGCAGCUCACUCUGGAGAUCACUGAGCUGCGAGCAAAGCUGGUCAGUGCCCAGCGGUCAGCGGUGAGAGUUAGAUCUCUGACAGAAGAACUGGAGGAGACACGUCGAGCAUUUAAAGAGGCCCAGGAGAAAGCCAGUCGGACCCAGAACAGCUGCGCCAAACUGAGCAAUGAGGUUGAAUGUCUUAAGGCUCACAUUCGGAGGCUUGAAGACAAGAAUGAAAAACUCACUUUUGAGAGAACAUGCUCUGAAGAAAGCUUCAGCAGACUGAGGAAGGUCAACACUGAGUUGAGGGCUGGACUUGAGGAAACUCUGGUUAUGUUGACACUGAGAGACAGAGAAAUCUCAAAGAAAGACAGUCUUAUGGACAAGAUGAAGAACACUCAUGUGGAGAAUCACAAAAUGAUUGAGGGUCUGCAGUCAGAGCUGAUGAGGUUACACGAGCAUUCAAACCAAGUUCUUUUGAGAUAUGAAAGACACUGCAUCAGCCCUCAGGGUCUUUAUAGUCAUGAUCCUCCAAACCAUCACUCUCUGCAGAGCGAGAUGCAGGACAUACAGCAGGAACAUCAUAGAGGUCUGGAUGACAUAAGUGUCCCAUCUCUCCACACACACAGUGAUGACAUUCAAAGCAUCUUCCACAGGAUCAAGAGUACAGAAAUAGCUCAUCUUCUGUAUAAUAAAUAUCCCGAGAGGGACUGUGCUCCUGUGGAAAUGCAGGAGAGGCCUUUUCCUCAACACCAACAGCAACAGACAAGAAUCAAGCAGCAGCUUGUGAACGUACUGCAGGAGCUCGAGUUGUACAAGUAUGUGUGGGAGGAUAAAGGGGAGAAGGUGGAGGAUCAGCGGAGAGCCUGGGAUAGGGAGCAAAAAGAAAGCCAGAGUGGGAGCCAGCCACAGAUCAAGGAGGCCAAGAAGGCGGCUGUGGUGAAGUGGUGGAAAGCCCUCGGCGUAGAAAGGGCUAAGGUCCGAAGUAAAGAGACUAAGUCCACCCAAGCGCUCUCUGAGAUGCAAGCAAAGCUCAGGGAAGCAGAGCAGACGAUCACUGAUAUGAGGGAGCAGGUCUUCCACCUGCAAGCUUCGCUAAGUUCUGCACAGGAGCACGCCGAGCAAAAAAACACCAAUAGAGUUCUUUGUACUGACAAGGGAAGCAACACUGAGAGAAAAGAAGCAGACGGGACAGCAGAGAAAGUGCUGAGGGAUCGGAUGGAUGCAGCAGUGGCCACAGAGCCUGUGAAGAUCACAGAGGGAGCAGGCUCAGAGCAGGAGACCGCAGACAGGCUUCUGGCAACCCUCAGGAGGAUGGAAACAAUGGUCAACAAUGCUCUGGAGGCCGCCGAGCUGAUGAGAGAAAGCGAGCAGAGGGUGAGCCAGGUGAGAGUGAAGAUGGAAGGCAUCACUCACAGGGUAGAGGAGGCUCUGGGGAGAGCAGCAAACACUGAUGAGGAGUUGAGAAUGCUGGAGGCCAGGAUCACAGAAAAAGCUCCAACUCAGUCUCCAGGUCUAAAUUUGCCAGCUGAUCGUGGAGCAGAUGCCACAUGCUUUAUGGCUGAACCUGAGGAAACACACGGGACAGGGCAUCCUCCUCCUGCGUCUCCAAUAAUCCCAGAAGUCAAUGAAACUCCACAGUGGCCCAUGGAUGGUGGCACAGGAAGAAGCAGCUACAGCACGCUCCAGGAAGAGGAGAAACACUUGCAGCAGACAUCUCCUCUUGAACAAAGUGACCAUAACUUCAAGGAGUCCUGUGACGCCCCGCCUGCUGCUGAGACCCCUUUUGUUUUCCCCCACACCCGCUCUCGCCCCUCGCUGCCCCCAGCCAUGCCCACACUGCCUGAGGAAGAGGAGGAUUCUCCAGAGGAGAUGGACAGUUCCUCAAGUUCUCCCAGUACAUCAGGACCAGGUGAAAGUCGAGCUGUUGUCAUGACUGCACCCACCAUCGUCUACCCAAAGCAGGCUACUGUUGUCCAUCAGGAUGGACGUCCUCUGGAGCAGGCCAGGCCACACAGUCCCAGAGCUCGCAUGGCCAGACGGUCCUCUGGAGGCUCUAUCACCACAGUCGACAGCACAGGUAAUGUGAUUGACCUGGUGAAAGACCAGCUGCCGGAGAUGCAGCUCUCUGAGGAGGAUCGACAGAAGAACCUGGAACUCCUUGAACAGGCCAAAAAGGUCAGCGACCGCUUCCUGACACGCCGAGGCCGGCGAUCCUCCAGCAGCCUGACUGACUCACCCACAGUAGGUCUUUCACCAACUCCAACACCAUCAUCUUCACCAGGUUCAUCAAGAAGCAGCUCACUAACUGUGGCCCCUCAGACUGCAGCAGGACCCUCAGAAGUAAACCAGUAUCAGGAGGUGUUUUCAGGGAGGGAGCCUGAUGCAACCAGCCUGGAUCAGGAGGGAAAGCUGCCGGUGGACUGGAAGCAGGCUGAAAAAAGGAAAGUGUCCUCUGGGACUCUCACGCCCCGUUUUCCUGUUCAGAAGGAGAACAGUGAACCCAAGAGUCCUCCAGUUUUCAAUAAGUCAGAUGAAGUUUCAGGUCGAAGCCCAAACCAGGCUCCAGCCACAGGGGUUGCCAAGCCUGUCCCCAGACCCGCUACUCAACAAGCACCCUGUACAGCAGAGAUUAAGACAAUCGGGGCCUUUCCUCCACUAAUGAGAGCUGUUUCCUGGGAUGCUGUAGGCAGCCAUAACUCUAGAAAUGGAGCCCCAAGUUUCCCUCCUACACCUGAGGACACAUUCUCAGACAAGCCCAGGGAUGUUACAUUCAAGUCCUCAGGGUACAAGGAUUUCUCCACCCAGUCGGGGAGUGCACAAAAACUGUCUAAACUCAGAGAGGAGCACAAGCUAAUGCGAAACCAAAGCAUAGUGGGUACGAAGCUACCAGAGUUGAGUGAAGCUGCUGAACAGGAAAAAGAUCCACUGUCACCAACAAACACACCUAGCAGUGAGACAAAGGAAAGAUCUGACGCCAUGCCCAACAUUUCAGAUGUGAUGCUGAGAAAACUCAAACUUCAUCGAAGCCUGCCUGGCUGCACUCCCCCUCUCAGUGAAAAAGAAGUAGAGAAUGCAUUUGUCCAACUGUCACUGGCAUUUCGUAAUGACAACUACACUCUGGAGACGCGGCUCAAGCAAGCAGAGAGGGAGAGGAACCUCACUGAGGAAGACACAGAGAAAGAAAUAGAAGAUUUCAAAGGGGCGCUAAAGAUGACUGCACCAACGUGGCAGAACCUGGAGCAGCGUGAAGCCUAUCAGAGCCUAAUAGAGACGGUAGCAGUGCUGCAUAGACUUGCCACACGGCUCUCUAGCAGAGCGGAGAUAGUUGGCGCAGUUCGGCAGGAGAAACGUAUGAACAAAGCCACAGAGGUCAUGAUGCAGUACGUGGAAAAUCUUAAGAGGACGUAUGAGAAGGACCAUGCAGAGCUCACGGAGUUUAAGAAGCUGGCCAACCAGAAUUCAAAUCGUUGUUAUGGAGCGUCUGCAGACACUGGAGACGAUGGAGUUCCACGUGCAUCUAGAUCAAUGUCCCUCACCCUUGGAAAAGCCAUGCCCCGACGCAGGGUGAGCGUAGCGGUGGUGCCGAAGUUUAAUCUCCUUAACAUCCCGGGUCAGACUCUGGCCACAGCUGGCCCAGGCUCCAGUGCAGGACCCACAGUUAGCGCUGCUCUUCCUGUCCUGUGUGAAGCAAAUGACGUGAAAGGCAACGCCUCCACAGAGGCUGCACAGCCAGCAGCAGAAUGUGGAAAGAGUGCGUCGGAGCAGGAAAAUGAGCCAGCCAAGCCUUCAGUAAACCUGGAAGAGCUCAGAGCCGAGAUCAAGGCAAAGAUCGAAGAGGAGGCCUACCAAAAAGGCUACCAAGAUGGACUGAGGCAAAGCAAAGCACUUCAGGAAGAGAAAUGUGAAGAGGAGAGUGCUGCAGAGAAAUUGCUGGAAGCAAAAAAUAAGGAUGAAGAGAGUGGAAAGAGGCUCAAGAACAGCAGGAGGAUGGAGGAGGUCCUGGCUCUUGUAAGCCAGUUCUGUCCCAAGAGCUCUGUGAGUCGGCGGCUUCUUUGGAUCACUCUGACGCUGUUUGUGGCCGUGUGCGUGAUAUUCAGUAUUUGUUCAUUCUUCAGUGACUACUACAGCCGACACGAGGACACGUAAGGGAAGAAGGACUUUGUGUGAGAUGCUGACGGAGAUCUUUGGACUGGGUGUAAGAACACAACCAAAGAACCCGCUAAACAGAAUGACAGAGGCCACAUUCAUCGUGUCUCUGUCAGUUUACCAUAUCAUCACUCACUUGAAUCAAAUGACCUUGAAACUUGAGGGUCAGGGACAUUUUGGGAGGCUCAGGAUGCCUUUUUUCAUGGUCAGCAGCAUUAAGUUAUAAUUUUGCUUGAAAUGGAAAGUUGAAAGGGUGUUUGCUGCAGCAAUAAAUGAGAUAAUUCUGUUUAGGGACCAAUUAUAUUAUGUGCUGAAAUAGAUAUUUAAUUAAAUUAGAUGCAUAUAGUAAUGAUUCAUUCUGGUUUUGGUACUUUGAAUGCUAAAUAUGGCACUUUUCUUUAAAUGCCACAGUAGAAAUACUGUAUAUUUAUCUACUCUCUAAUAUUAAAGUAUAAUCUCUCAGGUCUGAUAGAUAAUGAAGCCCCUGAGAGAAUUUUAAUGCAUAUUUAAAGCCUGUUUUUGUCAUUUUUAUAUAAAAAAUAUUUCAACUGUAAGCACAUUCCACAGCAGUCCUUUAAGUGCAAUACCUGGUUCUCAUUUGUGCCAUAUUUGAUUGUUACUUCAGAGCACUGAAAUAUCUUCUUCUUGUAUGCGAGCACUGUUUAGAUGGCACAGGUCUUUUCUUUGUCUUCUUUCCACAUGUGUGCCUGCCUGUGCUGUCUGUUCUUUGUCCAUUUUAUGGUCUGCCACUUCUCCUUUAAAUAAAAAGUGCCUGAAAAUAUUCUCUAGUCAUUUAAGCUCAACUCUCUUAAGGUCCCAUUUCAGUCAGGUUGAGGUCUGGACCAUUGUAACUCCUUGAUUCUUUCUUUCUUUUUUUCCCAGCCAUUCUGUUGAAGAGUUGUUGAUGUGCUCAGGCUCUUUGUCCCCUUACAUGAGAUCAUUUUGGCCAAGCUUUAGCUGUCAGACAGA